AAAUGUGAAAAAGCAUAAUUUAUACUUAAAUUAUAAAGAGUUUUAAUAACUUAUAAGAAUUUUACAGAUUUGUACGUUGUAUUUCUAAGAUAGAAAUCGUAUCGCUGUAGAAAUGCACGCGAACGAAACGUAUUAGGUUGUAGCAUGUGCGAAGGUGGAGGGGCCGGAGAGAGGAAAAAAUGUGAGGGGGGAUGCUAGUAUAGGAGAAACUUCACAUCUCAUGCAUGCGAGAGGCGGCGGGUACCGGGAAGCCAGAUGAGGCAGACUGAUACUGGACACUGAACAGACAAGAGCCACGUCCGUCGGAUUUGAACAUAUACAAGCAGGGUAGACGGAAUCGCGAGCGGAUUUCGUUAUACACGCGCGUCCUGAAAACUGUGUACCACUUCCUCUCAACGGAAACUGCGUUAUCACUUAUAUUCUCGUCUUCAUAAGCUCAUAGGCACCCACGGCUCGCCUGUCACUCUGUCGGAAAAAUCCUCUUUAGCUCUCUUUCGAGCCACAUCACAUAAAAAGCGAAGAUGACUCUGAACCCCAUGAAAUGGAAGGCUCGAACUUUGGCCUAUUCCGGACUAGGUUUGUUUGGAUUUUAUUUCCUGUUUGUUUAUAAAUGGACACACCAUUUCCUUUACGAAGCUACGGUGAAGAAUUCCAAGCCCGAGCACGUGUGGGAGUUUGUAGCCGAUUUCAGCAACAUGAUCAAACUCAAUCCAACUUUGGAAGAGUUCAACAUUAUCGCGGAAUCUGGUAACUACGAGCACUGGAAGUAUUCCGUGCAGUACACGGAGCAUCUGAGCCAUCUUCCGAUGAUCAAAAACACAGCUCAUGGACAUUUUUCGGUAAAACCGAGAACGGAAGGCUACGUGAUUGAGUCAAAUCAUCGCACUUGUUUCUUUUUGGGGAUAAGUUGCUUGGAAUCUAACUCGGAAUUCAUAUUCGAGCCCAAAGGACAGGACACCAAGUGCAUCGAAAAGAUCGACUACGAGUGUCCACUGGUAUUUUCGUCGAUAUGCCGUAGGGAGGUGAUGUACCAAAGGCAAGAGAUCAUGAAAAAUUUGCAGACGUACUUUGACAAGAGAAAUAAAUAAAUUUACAGUGACAAUUUUUGCUGUUUGAUAUCACUACAUUGCUAUACGCGAAUAAUAUCUUAUUGUAAAUAAAAGUAUUCUGUAAGUUUGGCGAUAUUUUCCGGAUGAAUCAGUGCUGAAGGAAAGACAGAAGGAAUCAUAGUGACAGAGAGUAGAGAGCACAUGUGUCGACCAUUUGGUGCGCUAUGGAUAUUUUCUUUGUGUGAAAAUUCUGACUGAAAUGUCACAUUUUUUCACUUCGCCACGGAGUUUUCCGAGCCAUUGAACAGUUGUAUAUAGUUUAAGAACAGCAACUUCGGGAAAUUUGUAAAAAAUAAAUGAUAACGUCUCAAUUUA